UCUGCACAGGCCAGCGGGAAAUCCAUCGCUGUUCGAGCGGUGGUCAGAUGGACAGUGGGUGGAGGAAGACUGUAACUGGCCUUUUUACACAGGCCUCGUGUGGAACCAGGACUCUUGUCGGUGUGUGUGGGGACCCAACCGUACCGUCGCUGUGCCUAAUGUUGAAGAAAGUAUUCCUGCUUCAUGCUUGCUAAUGCUAAAGCUGACGUUCGAUAAUGGACAUAUUAAAGACGAAGGCAGACAUAUAUGGUUAAAUAUUCGCAAUAAAGAAAACGCUGUCGUGGAAAAUGACCCCACAGCAGUUGGAGGGAAGAGCGGAUCAUUUAGAGGAUCAUCCAUUGCCAUCCCAUACUUCAAGAGCAAUGUGCUAGGAGAAGUGUUCCACAUAGGCUUUAUGUUCAAGCUGUGCCCGGGAGACCCUGACACUGACAUACCUCUGGUGCACAAUGACUGCAUUGAGAGCGGAGAUGACGGCCCAGGCAUUAUGAUAGUCUAUCAAGCAUGGAGAAAGCAGGUGGUCGUGUCAAUGAGAACUGUCAAUUCACCGGUGUUGGUUUCAGAGUACUGUACUGUUGGAAAAGCUCAGAAUGACUGGACGAAAAUUGACAUCCGCUACAGCAAUAACUUCCUGGAGGUGCGUGCCAACAAUCAAGUAUGCGUGGAGUCCAACAAGUAUUACGGUGUUAUAGCAACAAAUAACUGCCCAUUGACUCUCCUGGGCGAGGCUUUCUGUGGGAGUAUAGACGAGAUUGUCAUUACUCGAGGUUGCACAAGCGCACACGCCGUGUCUUGA